AUGGAAAACCACACCAAGGUAACUGAGUUCAUUUUGGUUGGGUUCAAAUCUCAUCCAGGACUGCAACUCCUCCUCUCUGUUCUUUUCUCAACAAUGUAUGCUGUCACUGUGGUAGGAAAUGCUUGCAUGAUCCUUAUCAUCAGAAUGGACUCCAAGCUGCACACUCCCAUGUACUUUUUCCUAGAGAACUUGUCCAUCUUGGACAUCUGCUAUUCGUCUGUCAUCACUCCCAAAGCAGCACUGACAUUCUCACUGGGCAGAAGAAUAAUUUCCUACAAUGGCUGUGCAUCUCAGAUGUUCUUCUUCUCUCUCUUUGGCACAACAGAAGCCUUCUUCCUUGCUGUGAUGGCUUAUGAUCGUUUCAUUGCCAUCUGCAAUCCACUCCUGUACCAAAUCAUUAUGAAUAAAAGACUUUGUGUUUUCAUGGUGGUGGGCUCUUAUCUGUCAGGCUGCAUCAACUGCACCAUACAGACAGGCUUAUUCAGUUUGUCCUUUUGUGGGCCCAAAGAAAUAAAACACUUCUUCUGUGAUGUUCCUGCAGUGAUGUAUGCCUCCUGCUCAGACACACUUGUCAAUGAAAUAGUAAUGCUGGCUGUGUGUGGAUCAAUUAUUGUGGGCACUGCCUUGGUGGUUUUUAUCUCCUAUGGUUAUAUAAUUAUGACUAUUGUCCAAAUGCCUUCAGCUAAGAGCAGGCGCAAGGCCUUCUCCACUUGUUCUUCUCACAUGCUGGCCGUCAGCUUGUUCUUUGGUACUGUUUUCUUCAUGUAUGCUGAGCCUGGGGCCACGUCUUCACCUGAUAAAAGCAACACCAUCUCUAUCCUUUAUACUAUUGUUAUUCCCAUGCUAAACCCUUUCAUCUACAGCCUCCAAAACAAGGAGGUAAAACGGUCUCUGAAAAAACAGUUAAAAAGGAAAGGCUUUUUUUAG